AUGGACUACAACAACCCACCACUCGGCGUUGAGACCCCAAAACUCUGCUGCAUCCCAGCUCGUCCUCUAGUCUGCGUUCUUGCAUUCAUCGGAGUUGUUCGUGGAAUCGCCACUCUUGUCUUCUACGGAAACUGGGGAGAACGUGUUGCCGAUGUGAUCUUCCUUCUUCUCAACCUUCUUCUCCUGUUCGGAGCCGCUAAAAACAACGAGCCAGCUCUCAAAUGGUCCCAAAGAGUUGUCUUCUUGGCUGUGAUUCUCGCAGUCAUCCAGUUCAUGAUCUGGCCAGUUAUGAUUGCCAGUUUCACUGCUUCUGGAUUAGCUGACACUAACAAUACAAUGACACAAAUCGAGGAUCUUGCCACAAAGAGUUAUGCGGAGAAGAAGAAGAUGUUUGUUCGUGGAAUGCUCUCUGGAUACGCUCUCGAGUUUGGAACCUUCCUUAUGAUUGGAGCCGAGGUCCUCAAGUACGUGCUCAUCAACCGCCUCUGGCAAUACGCCAAGACCACCGAGAACAUCGUCAUCGGAGGAAACCAAUACAUUGUUCCAUAA